AUGAUUCAAUCUAUGCAUACUGGAAAAUUUUUGAAAUUACAAGGGCAAGAGGCUUGGGAAGCUCUUGAAGAAUUAUCUGUUAAUUCACAACAAUGGAAUUAUUCUGAGCCUAGGUCUAGAGCAAAUAAUUCACCUAAAAGAGGAGGGAAAUAUGAAAUUAAAGAAGAAACUGAUUUGAGAACAUCUUUUGAAAAAUUAGCAAGAAAAGUAGAAGCCUUAGUCAUAAGUCAAACUAUGAAUUCUCAUGUUCAACCUAAAAAAGAGGUUUUUGCUAGUGCUUGUCAUAAUGAUCAAUCAUGUCCUUCUUUUCUUGAAACAUUUUCCGAAGAGGCUAAUGCAUUACAUUCAUAUGGUAAACCAAAUGAUAGCCCAUUUUCUAACACAUACAAUCCUAAUUGGAGAAACCAUCCAAAUUUUUCAUGGAGACAAAACCAACCACAAAUGAACCAAGGAAACCAAUUCAACAUGCCAAAUCCGAAUCAUGCCCAACCAAGUCAACCUUACCCUCCACAAAGAAAGCCUUCCUUAGAAGACACUUUACAACAAUUCAUGCAAUCCACCCAACAAAUCAUGCAAAAUCAGUCUCAAUCCAUUGCCAAACUUGAGACACAAUUGGGUCAACUUGCCAAUGCCGUAACUGAGAGAGAAAAAGGGAGAUUUCCUAGCCAACCCAUCCCAAAUCCUAAAGGCCAAUAUGAAGUAGGAGUCCCAAGUCAUAAAGAAGAAGCCAAGUCGAUUUCAACACUUAGGUCCGGAAAACAAAUUGCCAAACCCGAUUACACACCUCAAGUUGAAAAAGACCAAAGCCAAAGUUCCAACACAAAUGACUUGUCAAAAGAUAAUGAUCAAAUUCUUCCUUCCAUUCCAAAAGCUCCUUUUCCACAAAGAUUACUUCCACUCAAAAAAGGCAACCAAUAUAGUGACAUCUUAGAAGUGUUUAAACAAGUAAGUAUCAACAUCCCAUUCUUAGAUGCCAUUAAACAAAUUCCUGCCUACUCCAAAUUCUUGAAAGACCUUUGCACUGUUAAAAGAAACACUAAUGUUCCAAAAAAGGCAUUUUUAACUGAACAAGUUAGCUCCAUAAUUCAAUAUAAAAGCCUUGUGAAAUAUAAAGAUCCUGGUUGUCCAACAAUUUCAUGCAUCAUUGGUGAUCAUUUUAUUAACAAAGCUUUACUUGAUUUAGGAGCUAGUGUGAAUUUAUUGCCUUAUUCUGUUUAUAAGCAACUUGGUCUAGGAGAAUUAAAACCAACUUCUAUAACACUUCAAUUAGCUGAUCGUUCUGUGAAAAUUCCUAGAGGUAUUAUAGAAGAUGUUUUAAUUAAAGUGGAUAAGUUCUAUUUUCCUGUUGAUUUCAUUGUUCUUGAUACUCAACCUGUUGAAAAUGCUCAUGCUCAAAUACCUAUCAUUUUAGGUAGACCAUUUUUAGCUACAUCUAAUGCAAUUAUCAACUGUCGUAAUGGUGUAUUGAAAUUAUCUUUUGGAAACAUGACUGUUGAAUUGAAUGUUUUUAAUGUUGCUAAAUCUGUUGAGUGUGAGGAAAUACAUGAAGUAAACAUGAUUAACACGGAAAAUAUGUUUGAAAUGGACAUGAAUGAAUCUUUUGAAACUUAUGCAAAAAUGUUUGGAAUGUGCUUAAAUGUUGAUGAUUUUAUUCAUGAUGUCAAUUCUUUGCUUGAGUCUACCCCACUAAUGGAUACUGAAAAAUGGAAAGCCAAAAUUGAACCAUGUGUUCCAUUAGAGCAUGUUGAGUCAACUCCUGAACCACCAAAGUUAGAUCUCAAACCUUUGCCCGACACUUUGAAAUAUGCAUUUCUAGGAGAGUCUAACACCUAUCCUGUUAUCAUUGCAUCUGAUUUAGAUGAAAAACAAGAAACAAAAUUGUUAGAUAUCCUUAGAAAACAUAAAAAGGCCAUAGGUUGGACCAUGGGAGACAUUAAGGGAAUUAGCCCUGCUGUGUGCAUGCAUAGAAUUCAUUUAGAAGAAAAUGCUAAGCCCUCCCGAGAAAGUCAAAGAAGAUUAAAUCCAAACAUGAAAGAGGUAGUAAGAGAUGAUGUAAUUAAAAUGUUAGAUGUAGGGAUCAUUUACCCUAUUUCUGACAGUCCAUGGGUUAGUCUAGUUCAAGUUGUUCCAAAAAAGUCUGGGAUCACUGUUGUUAAAAAUGAACAAAAUGAGUUAAUCCCUACUAGAGUCCAAACUGGGUGGAGAGUGUGUAUAGACUAUAGAAAGUUGAAUAGUGUCACUAGGAAAGACCACUUCCCAUUACCCUUCAUUGACCAAAUGCUUGAACGAUUAGCUGGCCAUGCUUACUAUUGCUUUCUUGAUGGGUACUCGGGAUAUAACCAAAUCCCCAUUGCCCCCGAAGAUCAAGAAAAGACUACCUUUACUUGCCCUUUUGGAACCUUUGCAUAUCGUCGCAUGCCUUUUGGUCUUUGUAAUGCUCCUGCAACAUUUCAAAGAUGUAUGAUUGCAAUAUUUUCUGAUAUGGUUGAAAGAAAUCUUGAAGUGUUUAUGGAUGAUUUUUCUGUGUUUGGAAAUUCUUUUGAUGAUUGUUUGCACCAUCUUUCUCUUGUUUUAAUUCGUUGCAAAGAAAUGAAUUUAGUUCUUAAUUGGGAAAAAUGUCAUUUCAUGGUUAAAAAGGGAAUUGUCUUAGGUCAUGUGAUUUCAUCUCAAGGAAUAGAAGUUGAUAAAGCAAAAGUAGAUCUUAUUUCAAAACUUCCUCCACCUAAGACAGUAAAAGAAAUUAGAUCAUUCUUAGGCCAUGCCGGUUUUUAUAGAAGAUUCAUAAAAGACUUUAGCAAAAUUUCACGCCCUUUAUGUCAUUUACUUGGAAAAGAAAAUGCUUUUGUCUUUGAUAAUGAAUGCCAUGCUGCCUUUGAAAAAUUGAAAUCCCUUUUGACUAGUGCACCUAUUAUUCGCCCUCCCGAUUGGAACGUUCCUUUUGAAAUAAUGUGUGAUGCUUCUGAUUAUGCAAUUGGUGCUGUUUUAGGACAAAGAAUUAACAAGUUACCUCAUGUAAUAUACUAUGCUAGCAAAACUUUAAAUGAAGCUCAAUUGAAUUACACUACAACUGAAAAAGAAUUGCUUGCUGUUGUGUUUGCAUUAGAGAAGUUUAGGUCUUAUUUGUUAGGAUCUAAAAUAAUUGUCUAUUCUGAUCAUGCUGCAUUGAAAUAUCUCUUGUCGAAAAAAGAUGCUAAAUCUCGUUUAAUUCGUUGGAUCUUGCUUUUACAAGAAUUUGAUUUAGAGAUACGUGAUAAAAAAGGUUCUGAAAAUGUUGUAGCUGAUCAUUUGUCUAGAAUUGUUGUUGAACUUAAUCAUGAUUCCACCACUAUCAUUGAAACUUUUCCUGAUGAACAACUCAUGCAUGUAUCUUCUUUUCCUUGGUAUGCUGAUAUUGUCAAUUAUUUGGUCACUGGUGAAAUUCCUUCUCAUUGGUCUAAACAAGAUAAAUCUAAAUUUUAUGCUGAAGUGAAAAAUUUCAUGUGGGAUGAUCCUUAUUUGUUUAAAUAUUGCCCCGAUCAAAUAAUAAGAAGAUGCAUUCCAAAUUGUGAUCAAUCUAAAAUCAUAUCUUUUUGUCAUGAUCAUGCAUGUGGUGGACAUUUUAGUGGUAAGAAAACUGCUUUGAAAAUUUUACAAUGUGGAUUUUAUUGGCCUACUAUUUUUCAUGACACUUAUAUGCAUUGUAAAUCUUGUGAGCGUUGCCAAAAAUUAGGAAGUGUAACUAGGAGAAACAUGAUGCCUUUGAAUCCUAUUCUUAUUGUUGAAAUAUUUGAUGUUUGGGGCAUUGAUUUUAUGGGUCCAUUUCCUAAUUCUUUUGGUAAUUUAUACAUUCUUGUUGGUGUUGAUUAUGUGUCUAAAUGGGUAGAAGCUAUUGCAUGUCACACUAAUGACCAUAAAGUUGUGCUUAAGUUUUUGAAAGAAAAUAUUUUCUCACGAUUUGGUUCACCACGGGCGAUCAUUAGUGAUAAUGGUACACACUUUUGUAAUAGGCCUUUUGAACAUUUAAUGAAACAAUAUGGCAUUACACAUAAAGUCACUACACCUUAUCACCCACAAACUAGUGGCCAAGUUGAGAUAUCAAAUAGGGAGAUUAAGCACAUCCUAGAGAAAACUGUCAACCCCACUAGGAAAGAUUGGUCCCUAAGACUCAUUGAUGCAUUAUGUGUUGGGUUUUAUGCCCUAAAUAAAACUCAUUUCAAUAUAAUCAGAUUUGUUUAUUAAUAUAGAUCAGAAAUAACAUUUAAUGUUGCAUGGUUCACAUGAUUUAUUUCAUGAUUAUAUGUACAU